AUGGUUCUCUUGCUUGCAGACACCAGUGCAAUGGAUCCUUUGGCUGGCAGUGGAAGGUUUGGUGGUCCUAGUUAUCCCGUUGUUGCCACAAGAGAAUGGUGGUAUAAGGAAGAGGGAGAUCUGGCUGCACCUUCCUUAUCAAAGGAAAGCUAUUUAGAUGUUUCCUCAUCAGUGCAAGUGACCAUACAAAACUACAGGAGAUCUCUGCAAGAGGGUUCAGAAAGUCCAGUUAUGUCAAGAUGCAAUAGUCUCAGCUCUUCCUGCUCACUUACAGGUGCACCCCAGAGAAUCACUGAGUGGCUGGUGCUCUCAGAAAAGGAUCCAGUGGAGGUUCUUCUUGAGUUGGGGUUUGGUACAGAAGAACCUGAUGUCUGCACUAGAAUCCCUUCUCGGUUCCUCAGUGGUGUUUCUGUAGCAAAAGGGAUCAACAUUGGAGUGUUUUUGGAAGCUCAGAAGCAGCGGAUGGACAUUGAAACACCAGACCUGUAUGAACGUUUUCGACAGCUGGAAGUAUUUGACCAUGUAACCAGUGCCCUCUCGUCUUUGCUGGCCGAUGUCAACACCCAACAGACCAAAGCACAGGACACUGGCGGGGAUCAGAUCAGUCACUUGGGUGCAAUGAAGAACAGACCUAUGGUCACACGAGCAAAGUGGAGAAGAAUAGGUCAGCUCCUGAAAAGGGCUACUCGGCAGACAGUGUCCCUGAAAGACAGCUCACUGGCACCUGAGGAAGCCAACUUGCCUGGAAAGAAAGAGCAACUUCACUCUUGUGCAGAUAUUGCUGAGAAGGGACUAGUCCAGGUGGGCUUUUCUGCACAUGUUAGGUUGGUCUCUCUGACCCAGGAGCAAAACCUCAGAGACAAGGGUGCCUUGGCAUACCCCACAUCCCACUGCCCACUGACUCAACUGGGGAAAACUUGGGUUUCACUGGACCUAGCUGCAAAACAGCCCCUCCUUUCUCUGGCAUGUGAGGCGCCUGCCAAAGACAGGCCAGGAAAGGAGUCACCUUUGCUUGUGGCCCACAUGCUCAAAAAAGUGGGUGACCUCAAUUGCAAGCUGCCAGACUCAUUUGAAAUGGAAGAGAUUCAGAGUUUGGAAGAUGAAAUCCCCUAUGGAAAUGCUUCUGACACCACUUCAGCAGAGGUGAUGGUGACAAGAACAAGCAGCUGCCAGUCAGACAGCAGUGGGUUCAUGGAGGAGCUGCCAGAACCUGUAGUUUUGCAAAAUGUGCCUUUGUCCACGAAGAUUGAUUUUAUUUCUGAUACCCUCGAUCAAGAAACAGAUGUGUCACAUAGGACAGUUUUUCCUUUGUUAAAUCAAGAUUUUCAACAAAAGCCAGAUGACUGUGUUGCUAAAUGCUUCAUCACAGCUUGUGAGAGCAUUUUGACAAUACCUACAUCAACAAAAGCAUGCAGUGAUCAGAGAGAAGAUGCUCAUCAACUGCUGAUGGUAGAGAGUGGCAAGUAUCAAGGUUAUAAUACUAAGCCACAGAUUUUUGAACAAGAAAUGUUAUGUGACAGGGACAAGAAAGAGGAUAAAACUGGAAGAAAGCAACAGGAAAAAGAGGAGUUUACAGAAGAACACAGUCCUUGUUUUCAGGAUGAUACUCUGUAUGAAGGAGAUCUUUGCUUCCCAGAAAUUGACCAUCAUUUCUAUUUUAGUACAGAAGACAAAAAAGUGAAUGACUUAAACCCUGCAGUCAUCGGUGAGAGCAAAAUCAGAAGUGAAGAUGAAGGUGAGAGGUGUGUAACUCAAAAGGACAUUGGAAUUGCAUGUCAUGAAAGUGCCCAUGAGGGUUGUACGAGAUGUAUUAAAGGACCAUGUUGGGGAGUGGAAGUGGUCAGCAAAGAUGGUACUCUGCUUGUAUUGAGUGAGUUGAAAAACAGGAAGAAGUUCUGCAGUAUGGAUGAUGAUUCAAAAAAGACAAGAUGCUUCCCCAAAAAAGGUCUCCCAGAAGCUCCACUGAAGGGUUCAGCAAUGCAAAGUGGAAGCAGGACCUCUUCAAGAUAUUCUCUGCCAGUAUCUCAGAGGCACCCCUUCUGCCUAGAAGAAGGUCCUGGAUUAAGUUCAUCUGAAGCUCAAAAGGCUGAUAGUGUAGGGGAGAUGUUUGGUGCCAACAAACCAGAACAGGGAGUUGCUGUCCAAAAUGGUGAAAUGGCUUCUACUCCUCUGAAAUCUGUUACUGUCCAGAUGUCUUCAGGGCUGGAGUUUAAUUCAAGGUUGAAGUGCACAGGGCAAGAUGGUCCUGCCAGGGAAAGCCUUUCUAGAGAAGAUAUUGUGGACUUCUCUGACACAUCUCACUCUGACAGUGAUCCUCUCAAAUGGUCAGACCCAGGGGUCUCAAAGGAUGUUGUGAAGCAGAUCUCUGAAGCUUCCAGUCAAACUGACACCCAUGCGAGGUGGCCACCACUGCUCCAUCUACCCCACGGUCACCUGAAAAAAUCAGCCUCUCUUGACACCAUGUUUUGUGGCAAACACAGGUCAAACUACUGGCAUGAAGCCUCUGGUGCUGGGGCUGUGCAGGGCAGCUGCCACUGUCACUGCUGCUGCUGUCAUGGAUGCUGCCUGUGGUCCUUCCCCAGGGAUGUCUCUCCUCAUUGCCCCGUGGGCUGCUGCUCAAACCAUGCCUCCACCCAGCUGCAGCUCUUGAAAAUGCUGACGGUCCUACAGGACACUGAAAUGAGGAAUUUUGCUCCAUGUACCUUCCAAGAAAUAGAAGCAAUGAAGAGCUCCUGCCAGCGCUUCCAGGACAAGCUGGAUGAGAUUGAGCAGCACCUGAUGGAAGAGCAGAUGCUGUUCUCCAGAGCAAUGCCAGAUGAAGGAAGGGAAGAAGGCAGACACCUGCAACUCUUACGGCGAGCUGUUCGUCAGGAGGUUGCAGAGCUGGAAUUUCAACUGAAUGAUCAAACUUGCCAGGUCAGGGAGGACAUCCUUAUGCAGCUGGACCAAUUACUAGUAGAACAAUCCCAUCUGUUUUCCGAGCUUGGACUCUCUGAGUGGAAGGGAGAAAGAAAAGCCCCAAAUAAACAAGCGUUUCCAGAUGCUGCUGACACUGUGCAUCUUCAAAGUGGGUGCUCAGAAAUAAUGCUCCAAAGAGCUCCAAGCAAAACCACUUCAGUAACAGGGUCAGUCCCUGCCCUGAAGCCAGGGGCACCCCCAGUGCAUUUUCCUACCAGGACAACACCUGAGCCAAAUUCAGAUGACUCUGGUCUGCAGGAGUUCACCAGUAAAAAGGAAACAAAAGGACCUCCCAAUGCAAAAAUGGACCUUAAGGCAUUUUUACACAAUGUAAGGAGAUGUUUCAGUCUCACCCUCAAGUUUUUAAGUGCAGGGGAUCAUUGA